UCACACAAUGAAUACAUACAUCGCUAAGUGAUUCAUUAAGAAGCCAUAUUCAAUGUUUCACACUAUGAGACCACUUAAUUUUGCAGGACACCCCUUUUAUCUUCAUCAAAUAUGGUUACUAUGGCACCAACAUGGUUACCAAUGUCAGUUGCUAUGGUUACUACAUACAGCUACCACUUAACAUUGUAAAUGUUGUUUACAUACCGGUAAUCUGUAAGUUGGUAAAUGUUAACAAGGAUGUGGUUGGUUGAAAACAUUUUCAUUGUAACACUACACAACUGUCAUAUCAGUCAUUCUCCAUAAUUUGGAGCAACAAAUUGUGGUCGACCGUAUCAAAUGAUGCACUAAGUAAAACCUGUUUGUUACCCAUAUUUUGAAACACAUCAGUAGUAAUUCUACAAAGCAUGGUUUUUUAUGCUGUGAAACUGCCUAUACGCUGAUUGAGUUGCCGGGAAAAGAUUGUUCUUGUGCAUAUGAACAGUGAUUUGAUCUGCAGCUAUACGUUCCACUAAUUUUGAAACGAAGCACAAAUUACUGAUUGGUCUGAAAUUUGACAAGUCGGCACCAGCUCCACAUUCUUAAUCAAAGGAACAACCACGUUAUUUUUCCAUUCAGCAGUAAAUACACCAUUUCUGAAGGAACAAUGAGCCAUAGAUGUAAUGAUAGGAAGUAAAACAUCUAUACAUUCCUUAAACAACCACAUUGGAAUGGGAUCACUAAUAUAAUGUUUAGAAGGAGCUUUCAGAAUAAAACACUUGACCAAAUUAGCAAUAACAGGUGCCGAACAGUUGCAUUUUCCACCAGCCCCAUUCAUUUUGCAUAAAACGUCAUCUACAGGAACCUGACUCUCCAAAUCAUCCCGAUUAAAUUUUAAUGAUUUUAUCAAUGAAAUGACAAUUAAAGUCAUAAGCCAGGUCACCUUCAAAGGAACAAGUCAAAAUUCAUCGCUACUACUUGGCUUCAGCAGAAAAUAAACAAUGCCAUGUAACUCUGUAGGAGUUAAUGUAUAAAUCAAAGGACAGCAAUUGCAGAAAAAGACGGUGUAAAUGAAAACAGUGGAGUGGGGGGGGGACAUUUUGAUAAGGUGGGGAAAUGGCAACCUAUACCUCUCCUCCGAGCAUGAUGGCAAAUGAAAACAGGUCAGCAUUUCAACAGAUCCUCUAAAAAACAUGAUUUGCAAAAGAAUUUAAGGGCUAGGGUGAACUCAACUGAAGUUUGUAGAAUGAUAACAUAAUCUGAGACAAUUUCUAAAAUGUCCAAUUGCUUUCCCAGACAAUGUUUCCCAUUUUAGUUUAAAUGUCAUUUUUGUAGAACAAAAAUAUAUACUUGAACAACGCAUAAUAUAAUCUCAAAGCAGACAUUUAGGUCCUCUUGGCUAACAAGACCUACAACAAUGCUUCCGUACUGCAUGAUACAUUGUUAAAGUGUUACCAUAGUUACGAAGCAUGAUCUAGUAAACCUCUGUAGCGAAUUAUUUAGCGUCAGUGGUCGUUAGAGGAACGCUUUGGCAAUUACAGUCUGCUAGCUGGACCCAUUAUAAAUUAACAUGAUAGCUGGUGUACGGUAAUUGCCUGGGCUUCAUACCAACAGCCAAAAAGAACUGAGGCAUGCAGUGGACAAUGGUACUUGGAUGCGAAAUACAGUUUUCAGAGGUUGGCAGCGCGCGAUAUUGCAGUAUAUUAUGUGUCACUUUCUUUCAAAGCAAGACCAAUGGCUGCACAAGAUGGCAUUCAGUGAAAACUAGCGGCUUUGAUCCAUCAUCACCAUGUGGUCCUGCUGCUCAUUAAAAGCAAAUAGCACUUAAAGUCAACCAACAGGAAAACACAGCUGGAAAUUAGCUGGACAAAGUGGAGGAAUUUCACAUGAAGAGAACAGUCACGGGACAGUUUACAAUAUUUUGCACAGGGAUGUCAUUGCGGUGUGUAACAAAGUGAUGACGACGUUGAUGACACAGACAAGAUUAAUGCAGACCUUCAGCCAACUGAACAUCAGACAGAUGAAACUGGUACGGGAGAGAUUUAAUGGAAAUUUGGAUAAAGCCUGAAAGAGUGAAAAGGAACGGCUCCAUCCAGGAAAUGACUUAAAAGAAAUAAACCAAGAAGCAACUGUAACUAAGGAACUUCAAUGUACCUUGAUUUACGAGUUUUGCAACUCCAGGCAUUAACAGAUGAAUUAAGUUGUCAGGCCAAAUACAUGUAUGAUAUACCAGUGCUUAUGUAACUGAUUCUGUUGAAAAAUUAUACCAGCUGCAACAUCAAGAUCUGGAAGUAAAAAGACUGUUUUUGCUGGAACAUCAGGAGUUGCAUCAUCCUUGCUAAUAACUUUUCGAAACUGGCCACUACAAUUACAGGAUCUUUGUAAAAGAGGAAAACCUUUUACCAACUGAAGACUUAAAACCCUGCUUUCUUCUACACGUAAAAGAGUGUUUGUGAUAACACAGACAUAACACUUUGAAGGAAAUCUGCCAGAGACUGCGAUACGAGACUCAUCAUGGGGAACAACACAGAUGAAGAACCGCUCUCGCCAUUUUUGAUUGCUCUACGGACAUGUUUCGUUGCAAUCGUUGUUAUCAUGAUCAUAGCAGGCAAUGCACUGUCUAUUGCUGUGACACGCAGCAUGCCAACACUUGCUGACAGCACCAAACUUUUGAUGGUAUCGCUAGCAGCGUAUGACAUGUUGACUGGUGUUAUUUCCAUCCCAAAUGUCAUUGCAUCGGCAUUCAAUACUUGGCCAUUUGGGAAGCUGUACUGUUCCAUCAAUGGCACAGUAGAUGCAACUUGUUGUUGUAUGUCUAUCACGCUUAUAGUACUAAUGAAUGCUGAGAGAUACAUAGCUGUCACAAUGCCUUUCCGAUUUUCGACCCUCUGCUCCAAACAACGAGUAAUCACCGUUGUUCUCACGGCAUCCAUUGUAUCUCUGGCCCUUCAAAUCUGUCUGACUUAUUUCAAAGAAAUCAAGAUUCAAUUUGAGGCAGUGCUAGUUUGUGAUGUUGGAUUUAACGGCACCAUCUAUGAGAUCAGUGUCUUGUUCUUUCUCGUUAUAAUACCCUUGGUUGUCCUGACAUAUAUCUACCUGAAGUUGAUCAAACUCAGUCAGAAUCAUGUUGUGAUGUUGAACAAAUCUAAGAAUGUAGAGAAUGAGAAUAGUUUCCUUGAGAACAAAGCCCUCCGUGCGUUUUUGGUUGUGACUAUUCUUUUUGCCAUCUGCUGGACACCACUGCGUGUAGUACGUAUCAUCGCAGCCAUAACCGGCGAAACACAACCCACCUGGCUAACAUUUACAGCCAAGGGGUUUGCUGUCUGUAAUAGCUUCUUCAACGUGUUCAUCUACUGUUUCUUCAAUCGGUCCUUUCGGCAAGCCACUACACGACUGAUGGCACGUUAUUUCUUGUGCCCUAAAGCCUCUGUAGCUCCAGUGACCCCACUAACAAUCAGAGAUGAGACAAUGAAACCAAUUGUGCGUCGUAAAGGAAAGCCAACACUCAUUUCUGUGCAGCUCUGACUAAACAAAUUAAGCAUCACACAAGGAAAAACUCAAAGCAAAGUACGAUCAAUUCCAAACAAGCUUUGCUAUGAACGCUGCAAAUAAAAACAAGUGACCAAUGGCCGUAUGUCUGGACAGAGUUUUUUUAAGUAUAUGGAAAUGGGAUAUUUAAGAUAGAACCUACCAAAUCAAAGCUAGAUUUUGAGAUCCAACUAGUAAUACGUGGACUUCACUUCAAAUCUGGUCUGAAAUGACUAUGUGUCAAUUUGCAAAAUUCGCUAAAUGUAUGUGUUCUUUCACAUCCAAAUACACAAAAAAUCCAACAUUUUCCAGUAAAAAAGAAAAACAAAAUGGAUCUUUUACCAGUCCAGAUUUGUGCUUGAAGUUACAUUAAAUUCAGAGUGACGGAAAGUUCCUUUGUGGGAAAAAGUCUAGAAAGCUCCUUUAUUUUUUGGAACAAGAACAUGGAUAUUAAAUAAUGGAAUGUAAAAAUUACAUUAAACAGAUAUUUGUAUGUACAAAGUAUAUGUCAUCAUUAUUACUGAAAUAAAUGUUGGCAAUAUUACAAUGAUUUUACCAUUUUGAAACAUACAUGUACAUGUGUAAAAACAGUACACUACUCAAAAAUUUAAGCAAUCAUACUCACUGAUAAAUACUUUUACAAAUUAGUACGUAUGAGAGUCAUUCAGUGUGGUUAUGUUCAAGCACAAACAUGCUCUUCAUUGUACAAGUAAAAUCAAUGAUGUACGCACCUGCCUGAAAUUUUGAAAGACAAAUGUUUGAUCCUUGAAUUUUUUGAGUAGUGUAUUUAAUUCCAAACUGUUAAUGAGGUUUGCUAUUAGCAAAACUGGAAAUUGAUCUGAAAAAAAUUUAAUAAAGAUUUUAUUUAUCCCCAAUGUAAAAUAGUGCCUUUAUACAUGCAUGUAGAAAGAAAUAGUAAACACUUUUACACUAUUGAAUGGUUAGCGAGAUAAAGAUCAACACUUUAACACUAGAAGUUAUUUAUGAUUGGGUUCUGAAUGCCGGAAAGGACAGAAUUGGCCCCAAUUUCCUUUCCUUUUAGAAAUAAUUUAAGCCUUCAAAGACGGUGGUUAUUAGUCUAGGAAUUACAAAGGAACAUGCUACAUAUAUCCUGAGAGUGGUCAGACUAACCACCCUCAUUUGAUGGAUUGCUUCAACUCAUUAAACCAUAUCAGGUGAAUAACACCUGUUGGUAAGGUUAGACACAGGUACAAUGUAGCAAAAUCUAGCAAUUACAACAAGUGCUCAACUCUGUCUGCUCAGGUCAUGCAUGAAAGAAUGUGAAAUAGGUUUGGAGACUUUGAAGUAUGACUUUUAGUGAACAAAGUUAAGGAAGUGAAAGGCAGCUCCUCCAAUGUAACUGUAGCAAGCAGACAAGUUCAGAUUCUGAUCAAAGAAGUCAGCUUUCAAUAGAAACUACAAUGACAGGACCUCUCGUCAAGAGGUUGAAAGUGAGCUACACGUACUGUAGCUGGAUAGUUGCCAAUGGCAUUCUAUCAAGGAACUUCUUUGUUAUGCAAAUGAGACAGGCUCUGCGAAGUGUAACAGGAAAGACUGAGUGUGAAAAGCAUCAUAUACGUCUGCCUUGAGUAUCGACCAACACAUGCAAGCAGAAGUCCUAUCAAGAGGUUAGUCAGCUUUCUUGAGGACAAAUAUUUCCAAGGAGAAGUCAUGAUGCUUAUUAUUUCAACAGCAAUCAUGGAAGUACGCUAAGAAAAAUUUUUAAAAACCUUACCAAAGAUGACCACUUCUGCAUUGGAAGUCUUAGAAAAAAACCUGAAGACAAACCCAAGCUUGGAGGUACAUUUAAUGUUUCUCUCUCUGUAACUGGUGGAGGUUCAAAUCAAACUACAUGUACUAGAAGACAGCUCUCUAUUCAGAACAAGAAACCCCGUGGAAGAGUGGCAUUAUACAAAUAUUUUUUUAUAAAAACUUGCUGUUUAAAAUUUAAAUCAGGUUUUGAUUUUCAAUGAUUUUUUUACUUGUAUCUUUAUAAAAGUGUCCAAAAAAAUUUUGGUUGUUAAGUUUAAUGUGUAUUCACACAUUUAAAACGUAUCUCAACCUGGACCACCUGCCAUUCUGCAAAUAUGGACUGGUCCCUGAAGUACUUGCCUAUAAGUCUUGUCCAUUGUCUGGCAUCCAUUUUUUCCCUGACAUUUCCUCUUUUCUCUCAAUGUGUAGCCACAUCAAAUUCUUACGAAUUUAAUGCAAAGCCUUAAAUUAUUGCGUGCACUGGGUUUUUCAGCUGCAUUUUCUGAAGGCUGACAAACAAAUAAACUAUGAGAGCCUUUGGAGGUAAUGAAGUUCAAUCAAUAAAGCUUUCUAACCACUGACAUUACAACAAAAGCACCUAAAACGACAGACUUCUGCUCCAGUUCACUUCUUUAGAAUGAGAUUUGCAGUUGGCAUUGUGGUGGAAAAAUACUGCUUCCUUUUGAAGUUCUGGGUUUAUUGCCAAUAAAAAAUAUUCUAGUGAUCUUUUUAAUUUUGCAACUGCCCAAUUCAAUAAGAGAGCCUUCUUACUCAUACAUGUUAUACAUGUACAGUAAGCUUAUUUUGAACCUGGAACUGUUUUGAUGAAUACUCUUUGAAACCAGAAUCAAUCAUAUCAGGUUACCACGGAUACUUUUAAUCAGCUUAAUGCAAUAUAACUUAUUUACAUGUAGGAAUACUGCUGUCCAUUCAUUAGAACUGUCACCCAUUACAGCUCAUCCAUUGUGGCCAGCAAUAAAUUACUGUCAUUAUGACAAAGAGUCUGGUUCUUUUGAAUUACAACAGGAGAGUCCAGAAUACCUUUAAUUCUUUUUAAAAAAAUCUGGACAAUCAUCUCAUACAGUCCAGAGCAUUCUGGUGAUUCAUUUCAUGUAAUUAAAAAGCAAAGUUGCAAAUGUUACCGACACUUUGAUAUGAGUCAGAGGACUUUCUACAGAUCUCAGUGAAAAAAGUAAGCCAGUCGUGUGAUAUUAGUGCAAGAAAGAUCACACAGGUGAGAAUCCUUCGACGUGGUCAAGAUGAGUAUAUUAGGCUCAUUGGUUUCAAGAUUGGACAAGGAGUUUGCAGUGUACAAGUCCAUGCCAACAAGUUCAUCAAUCGACACAAGACUAUCAUCUCUUCUCUUACAUACUUCUGUCAUUGCCAUGGUAACACUGAUGAUCAUCUUAGGCAAUUUUUUCCAUUACUGUGAUGCCAAGCAUCUCUGAGUACUAAGAUCUUCAUGAUUGCUCAGGCACUAAAUAACUCCAUCAUUGGUUUGAUGAGCAUUCCCAGCAUUUUUCCAUCUGUACUCCAGAAUUAGCCUUUCAGCCAUGUUGAUCAACAGCAACCAGUUUGGUGCCUUGUGUUGUAUGUCCAUUUCUGUGAUGUUUUUUCUAUAUUCAUGGUCAGUGCUCCAUAGCAGUCACCAGACCAUUACAAUUUCAGACCUUAUUCUCAUGGAACAAGCUCACUGCUGGUUUACUGCAUAACUAACCUUUGGUUUGAUAUUCCUGAUCAUGCCAACAGAUGGGAUCUGCGAUUGUUUAAUGGGGUGCAAAACUGCAACAAUCAAACUCAUAACCCUAAGCACGUAGCUUGUCCUCUGACUACUAGAGAAUGAUAAAAGUAAACCAAGAUCAGGAGACAUGGAGGAAACAUGCCUGAGUAACUUCAGCCUGGAUUUCUAGACGGCAAAGCCUUCAAGAUAUUCCUGAUUAUUGCUCUGAUGUUCACUGCUUGCUGGCCACCACUGACAAUAGCCAGAACUGUCCAAGCAUUCAAGACAAAGCUGAUGGCUAUGUGGUUAGAGUUUGUCAGCUGGCUCUCGGUUGCCAAUAGCUGCUGUCACAUCUUUCUCUACUUCAUAUUCAACCAUUUAUUUAAGCUGCAGCUAAGAAAAUUGUUGUGAAAAGAUGGGCGUGAUGUUGUGUAUCAGUGAUGUCGGUAGCAAGUUAAGUUUCACAUUGUAUUUGUCUAGAAUGCAAUAAGACCCUGAUGGAAUAAAAAUUUUUAAAUGAACAGCCCAACCCAAAUCUUGACGAAUGAUCUUUCCGACAUACUAUUACCUCUGAGAAUUGUUUGGUAUUCCAAACAAUGAACUUUGCCAGUAUAUAAUAUAUGAUGUCAACUGCAGUACAACAUGACAAAAAAGUUGACAGAGCCAAUUUCGAAUUGAAGACCUACAUGUAUAGAGAGUCUUCAACCAGAGUUCAAUUUGCUCUUUCUCAUCCAAAACAAAAUAAAAAUAACUGAACAAACGGCCUCAAGACAUUUGGUGGGAUCCUGCUACAUUUUAGAUUUUCCUUCAUUGGUGUAAUGUUUGCUGAAAACUCCAUUACUUAAGUUUACAUUAUCCCAAAUUUGAAAUUUCAUCCACCACUUCUAAUCUAGCCAAUCCC